CCACCAAUGAAACAAUAUCAUAAAUAUCAUCGAAACUGCAUAUAAACAUUCACUUCAAACAGAUCAACCAAAACAAAUGGCGACCACAAUUGCAGAGCUGGUAUUCAUCCCUGCACCUGGGGUUGGUCAUAUCAUGUCCACCAUCGAGAUCGCAAAACUACUCGUGAGUCGAGCUCACCACCUAUCUAUCACUGUCCUUGUAAUAAAGCCGCUUCCUAAUCCAACCUUCGGUUCUGGCUCAGCUAUCACCACAUACGUAGAUUCGUUAUCUAAAAGCACCAUGGAUCGCAUAUCCUUCAUUCAACUCCAUCAAGACGAAACCCCACCAGUUAUGGACUCCAAAGCUCCGGUGGCUUCCACUCAAGCAUUUAUCAAUAGUCAUUGCAAAUACGUAAGAGACGUCGUGGCCGAUAUGAUAAAUAAACCGGGUUCAGGUCGGGUCGCAGGGUUCGUCGUUGACAUGUUUUGCACGGCGAUGAUAGAUGUCGCUAAUGAGUUUAAUGUUCCCACCUAUGUUUUCUUCACUUCUAAUGCUGGUUUUCUUGGAUUUAUGUUCUAUAUCCAGACACUUUGUGAUGAUCAUAAGCAAGACAUUCUUGAAUUAAGCAACAGCUCAGAUGCCAUGAUAUCAAUUCCGAGUUUUGUCAAACCGGUGCCCACGAAGGUGUUUCCAGCCACUAUCAAGUCUAGAGAAGGGCUGGAGAUUUUUCUGUGGUCUGCUCGGAAACUUAGACAAGCUAAAGCAAUCAUGGUUAAUACAUUCAUGGAAUUGGAAACACACGCGAUCAAGUCAUUAAUGGAAGACAGCACCAUUCCGCCGGUGUAUGCAGUGGGCCCCAUACUCAACCUAGAAGCUGCUGCCGGAAACUUGUCGGAAAAUGAUGUCAUUAGGUGGUUGGACAGUCAACCGCCUUCUUCGGUGGUGUUCUUGUGUUUCGGGAGUAUGGGAAGUUUUGAGGAGGUCCAAGUAAAGGAGAUAGCACAUGCUUUAGAGCGGAGUGGCUACCAUUUUGUUUGGUCCCUCCGUCGUCCUCCGUCAGAUCAAACAAACAGAGCCCCAACUGAUUACGAGGAUCCAGCAACCAUAUUGCCAGAAGGAUUCCUAGAACGCACUGCCGGAAUCGGAAAAGUGACUGGGUGGGUCCCACAGGUAGCUUUGCUAGCUCACCAUGCAGUAAGAGGGUUCGUAUCUCACUGUGGGUGGAACUCGUUGUUGGAGAGUUUGUGGUUCGGUGUACCAUCGGCGACAUGGCCGAUCUACGCCGAGCAGCAGAUUAAUGCGUUUGAAAUGGUGGUGGAGCUUGGAUUGGCAGUGGAGAUAAAAUUGGAUUAUAAAAAGGAUAUGUUUAAUCACGAGGCGGAUGAGGUGAUAGUCAUGGCGGAGGAGAUAGAAAGAGGAAUAAGACGACUGAUGGAGGAUAACGACGUUAGAACCAAGGUGAAAGAGAUGAGCGAGAAGAGUAGAGUGGCCGUGAUAAAGGGUGGUUCUUCGUAUGCAUCUGUUGACUAUAUUAUUCAAGACUUUGGCACAAAACUAUCUAGCAAAGAAGAUGAAUUCAAGAAACAAGGAUAAACGUUGGAGUUACUCAUCGUCUCUGACAAGAAACCACCGUACGCCACCACCUCAUCUGGACCGGCACCAACUAUGCCAUCUGGAAGUUCUUGUUACCUUCCUUCUACUACUCUCACCGACGGCCAAUUUGUUAAUGGAGAUGACGACCUUCACUACCGGCAUGACCUAACGAUGUUUUGUGCUUAAAAAAUCCAGAAAUCAGAUGUAAUUAAAGGCAGCAUAAUCGGCCUCAUUCAUCUGCUUAAUUUCAUUAAUGGUGAAAUCGAAUGAGCCUUAAACAAUUGAAAAUAAGGUAUUGUUCAUCUUAGUUAACACUUCUUCACUUUCUGAAUGAUUAAUUUGUUUGUUUUUUAAUGAUCCCAAAACUUUUGAAAUCUUUGGUUAUCUCGUUCAAGUACCUACUUAAUUUCUAUUGUUGAUUUCAAAUGCAAAAGUUCCAUAUCAAAUUCAUUUAUUGGAUUUUUACUUUUAAGAUUAAAAUGGAUGGAAUCGCCGUGGAUUUUCAGGGAAAAAACAAAGUUGAGAAAUUUGAGAACAUUAGGUACCAAAAUAAUAUUUAAUCUGGAAUUUAAGGCAUACUUAUAGUAUUUGUAAAGAAAAUGAAUUUGAUUUUCUAAUUUCCAAGGAAAAGACAAUAAAAUCUUUAGACAAGCAAUUGUGUAAUGGGUUAUAAAAUCUAUGUCCUAAAGCUAAUAUGGAAAGGGCUAAGAACCUUAAAGGGAAAACACUUACAUAAGGAUGUUAUGCUUAUUUAUAACAAUUUUUAUACAAUGUUGAAUCUUUGUUAAUUUGGGUGCAGACUCUAUAAUUUAGAGUUUUCUCUGGCUUUUUAUUAAUGGUUUAGUCUAGAAUCAUCAAUGUUUUUUGUGAAAGGGAUAAUCUUCUUGAGUAAUUUAUUAAUAUUUUUGCAACCUGAACUUCAAUUUGGAGAUAAUCACUUCGACAAGUUGUUGAUUUUCCCUUAACUUGAACAAGGUAUUCUAGAUGAACCAACACAGAUGAAAUAUCUCUAGAUUUCAAAUUUACAUCUUAAUUAUAAUGGUUUUGUUAAUAUCAGUUACAUAAAAGGAAAUCUUUUUUGUGUUGCUGUUUUAGUGUCAUUACUUGAAGAUUUCAUAAAAAUUCAUAUUUGUAGCAUGUUUGUUGAUAGUUGUCAUAUUUUUGGUUUGGAGUGUUUACUAAUGCAUUGAGCAUUUUACCCUGUCAUGUCAUUUCUGGUGUGCAGUGGCUUUGGUGCCCCUGCUUGAAGUUUUCUUCCAUAUUAUUUACUGGUAUGUCACUUGUUGCUAUCUUGGCUGUUAGGGAAUUUUAAUGUGAUAUUUUUACCCUUUUACCCUUGUUGGGUUUCACUUCUCUCUCAAUUGUUUUGUUGUUUAUGUUUCCUAUGGUUUAUUUUCUUGUAUUCUAGUAUUGUUUGGUGUAUUUUUUUCAGCUUCCCACUGGAGUAUUUGUUUUAAUAUAUUCAUUGUUAAAAAAAUCUUAAUUUGUUACAUGUUCAUGACCGUUGUGAUAUUCUUUGGUGAAGGAGACGAGCAAAAAAAUCAAAGUUUCCAUUGGAAUGUGAAUAUUUGAAAUUGCUCAUGAGAAUGACUUAGAGCUUGAAGGUUGGUUCAAUAUAUGCAACUAAACUAAAUAUAGCAAUCAUCUUUCAUUCACAAUGAUUUUGCUUAAAUAAUGAUUGUGCAUUUAGUUAAAGGAGAAUGUAAAGGAUCACUGGCUUCUUCUAUGAUGUCAUUGUGAUUGUAUGAUGUUUGUUACAUACAUUUCACUCAUGGAGAAUAUUGUUUAGUUAGUGAUAGCUCAAUAUUCAAUAUCUUUAGAACAACUUUAAAUUUCGAUCCUCUGUAAUAUGCGACAUUGUUGUUGCAGGAAUGGAACAAGGAUAUCUUUUGUCAACAAGUUUUGAACCUGUACUACCUAAGUGAUCCAAAACUUCACAUGAUGUAACAAAGUUCAAGAACAAUAGAUGAAGUGGUGAUCCCAAAAUUCUCUUGAUGUCAUUAAGUGCAAGAAUAAUAUAUCAUAAAGUGCAAGAAUAAUAUAUCAUUUGCAUGCUUGUUAGAGGAAUAGUAUAUUAUUCUUUUAGAAUUUAUUUUAUUCUUUCAUGUAGUAUUCUUUAUGAAUGUAUCUUAUUUUUUCAUAAAUAUUAUAUUAUUCAAUGUCACUUAUCCAAU